AUGCCGUUCCCUGCGGAAUGGCAAGGUUAUUCACCAGGACCCUAUGCGACCGACAACAAUCUCGACUUUGAAAUGUUCGAUUUUGAAGUUCAACCGCAUUCACAUAUGGGGGCGACCCCGAUCUCCGAACCCCCGAGCACCAGCCAAGACCCUGCAGGUCUAUCCAUGGAAAAUCCCAGAGAGAUGACUCUUCAAAGUCCUAUGCCGACGUCAAAUCCGACUCCAGUCAAAGGAAGAAGGGUCCGAACAGGAUGUCUUACAUGCCGGGAGAGACAUCUGAAGUGUGACGAAGCCGUGCCUGAUUGCAUGAACUGCCGAAAGCGAGGCCGUGAAUGUAAAAGAGGAGUACGCCUUAACUUUCUGGAAGUCAACCUCCAACCUAUUGCUGCUACACCAAAUCCUGGAGGCUGGGAAGUCGAGUUCCAAGAUGAAUCGCGGGACAUUGCCUCAGAAUAUCAGGGCGGACUUGGACGAUAUGCACCAUACGCUUCUGAAAUUGUUGAAGAUAGCGAUGGUCGGUACGAAACAGUGCAUCAAGCCACCGCAACUCAUUUCCAAGGUAUAGAUGCAUCAGCUGAUAGACUUCAACCUGGUGCGCAACACCAUUUCAACUAUUCUCAGGAUAACGCCGUCGCUGGACCUUCAGAAAACCCAAGAUUCAAAACAGACACCGGUGUCAAGCUUGAGCUUAACGAAAAUGAACAUGGGACUCUGAGCGACGCGUCGCAUAUAGCCACACCAUCGUCAUCAACAAAGGCUGUUGUGACCCCACGAGCAGAAGUAUUUCCAGAGCAGCUGAUGGCCAUGAGAAACCGUUCUCUGGCACAGCAAACGUCGAAAGAAGAGGCGGAAAAUUUGGUGAUACCCCAGCUAGACACACCGCCUCAAAUUGAAAGGCCGCUUGUCGAACAAGUCUUCGAGGAUGACCAUGUGCAACCUUUAGCAACCCAGAGCGACGAGCCGGUGGGCCGCAACAUAUUGACAUCAGCCGAAGAAAUCCAUUACAUGCAAGUUUUUGUCGAAGAAGUGGCUGUUUGGAUGGAUUCGUUCAACCGGGAGAAACAUUUCACCCGAAGCAUUCCGUAUCACGCUCUGAGGUCAACAAUGCUCCUCAAUGCCCUUCUGGCAUGUGGUGUCAAACAUACUUCUCUAGCUGCCCCAGAGAAUCAUGACAAAGCGCUGUUCUACUACAAUACCGCGACCACGCAGCUCCUUCGAAGCCUCCAGAACCCUGAUCGAAACACUGCCGAGUGUGCCACGACAGCGAUCGUUCUGAACGUAUACGAGAUUAUGUGCGAAAAGCCUGCCCAGCGUAUGAGUCACAUAGCAGGUUCGAGAGCUCUUGUGCGAGAAUGUGGAUGGGAUGCCAGGAGUACCGGGAUUGGACUGGCCUGCUUCUGGUUGAACAUAGGGAUUGAAGUUCUCAAUUGCCUGGCAACAAAUUGGCAGACAACGUGGAGUCCUGACGAAUGGGGAAUGAGCCUCGGGUCUCAUAAUAAUAACCAGGAUGACGAGGAUGAGGAUGAGCAAACAUGGGUACACCGUGCGCUCUACAUCAUUGCGAAGGUUGCGAACUUCCGAGCAACUGCGUCCCGACCUGAUGAUAUUGGCCCUCAUAACGAACAAAUGUUGGAACAUCCAUUGCCCGAGAAAGAUGCGCCCCUUUGGUUAUGUGAAAGCGGAAAAGUCGACAAGCAAAUCGCUAUUUCCCGGUAUAUGACACAUCCCCUGGAAUCCCCAGCGACUUCGGAGAGGAUGCGAUUCUUGCAGCUGCAGCAUGCCUAUCAGGUCUGCGGCAUUGUUGCCCAUACCACAGACAAGGGGGUUGCUACAGUUGCGAUCCGUUGCUUAGCAAUUGCAGCUGCUGUGCUAACGAAUCCAAACGAACAAGACGAGAUCCUCGAGGUCCUUGAUAGGUUCAAUAGCACAAAUGGCUGGCGUUUGGGUGCCAUCGAGAUGGAGCUCAAGAAAGAAUGGGGCUGGGAGCGUAUGAAGAUGCCCACCUCGAGCCCGAAAACAGAGAACAGCCAGGAGUCGGUAAUAUCAGCGGUCCGAAGAGCCUCCAUGUCUUUGACACCGUCGAGAAUUUUGACACCGCCUGUCAUGGGCUCUGUGGGAACGAAAACACCGGUCAACCCAUUGAGCUUCGCCGAUUUCAAGCUGCCCAACCAUCCGUACCAGAAUUGGUAUGAGCCACCAAGUCGAUCGAGCUCGUUUGAUCCACCACCAUCGUAG